AUGGCGACUAACAAUCCGUCGCAGCUUCUUCCAUCAGAGCUAAUCGACAGGUGCAUAGGAUCAAAGAUAUGGGUGAUUAUGAAAGGAGAUAAGGAGCUCGUAGGUAUUCUCAAAGGGUUCGAUGUUUACGUCAACAUGGUCCUUGAGGAUGUCACCGAGUAUGAGAUUACAGCAGAAGGAAGACGGGUUACAAAGCUUGAUCAGAUUCUGCUCAAUGGUAACAACAUCGCCAUUUUGGUGCCAGGUGGGUCUCCAGAAGACGAAGAAUGA